UAUAAAAAGAUAUUAAUUAGCAGGCGCAGUUUUUAUGAAAAUUGCGUUAUUAUGACUGCGAUAUUGGAGAGAAGGCCGGUUCGCAGUAAAUUCUAUCGCCAAGUCAACACACUCAUCUGGAAAUCAUACCUGCAAAGACAGCGAAGAUGGCGUUUACUAGCAGUGGACACACUGUUCGCAUCCCUCAUGUUCCUCGUGGCGAUUUUCAUAGCAAAACCAGUGUUCCUCACCCCCUUGCAGGCAGUGCCUCAGGCGCCGUUAACAUCUGCAGAUAUCCUGGCCUCCCUCAACAAGCGCUGUAUCUUGGGCUAUGCGCCGAACAACGCGCCGUACGAACAAAUUAUGAACAUUGCUUCACAAAACUUGGGAUUUAAUUUCUUGAGCGCCAGUUCUGAGGACGAUCUCAACAGGAUGCUGUACAAUCGCUCUCGAGGGACUCCCAUCGAUAGCCCUGUCAUUUGGAUCAUAUGGAAACCUACGGAGGACAACAUGUGGAAGUUCAGCAUCCGCAGUACAGAGCGUGCCAAGUUCGUCACGAGGCCUACAAUCAGUUCCUACAACCCACACCUGAGCAGCGGCGUGUUAGCUGUACAGCUAGCUAUCAGCCAGGCUAUACUGACCCAUGUUAGCAGCACCGCUCCUAACUACGAUCUACAACUAGCGUCGAUGCCGGUGUCGCCUCUGAUGCAGCAGGAUCGUGUGCGUAAAGCCAUAACCAUCAUCCUGACGUAUUUCACGAUCGCCCUCCUGCCGCCCGUGUUGGAGACCCAAGCGCUGGUUGUGUCUGAAACCAUUAGUAAAUUCAAGCGUGCUCUCCGCAUCCGCGACGUGGACUUCCCGUCGAUGUACAUGGGCUGGCUGGUGUACGCCUACCUGACCGCGACUCCGAUCUGCGUGCUGGGCAGCGUCACCCUCAUACUGAUCUUCCGCUGGAUCCAUCUCCUCUUCACGCUCAUGCUGAUCCUCGCCUAUGUCUCCGUCAUGAUCAUGAUCGCGAUGAUUAUGGCGAUGUACCAUACUGAAACUUGGAUUGCUUGUCUUUGCACAGCGUUGUUCACGCUGCUUCAGACAUUCCUAUCAGAGUUGAUCGUGCACCACGGCAUCGAUCUCAAGCAUGAAGUGUUCACGUUCUGCUUACAUCUCAUCAUGCCACCUCUAGGCCUUAUACAUGGACUGAAUGAAUUCGCUUUGCUGCAAACUGGCCAUCAAGGCCGCUGGGAAUCAAAUGCAGUGACGUAUACAAUACUGUCAUGGUUGGUUAUGAUUGUAAUUUACUUUGGGAUACUGAUGAUUUUGCAACGAACUGUCAAACAGAAAGGUAUCGGGGGACAGGUGUCCUGGAAAUCUAUCCUAUUCAAGAAAGCUGUGGAUGUCAACAAACUACAUCAAAUAGAAACGCCCUCAGGGAAAGAGCGCGAAAAGUUACAAGAAGUCGAUGAGCUAGUAGCCAAAGCUAUUAGCAUUAGAAAUGUUUCAAAGAGUAUCAUGGAUGGUCCAGUUCUAAGCGACGUCACCCUGGACAUCUACCGCGGCGAAUUUACGAUGCUUUACUCUGAACCCGUUCAAGAGAACACCAUUCUUGCUAUUGAGGAUUUACUCACAGGACAAUCGUAUCCAGAUAAAGGAACAAUAACAGUACUGGGCGAAGAACUCAGGCCUGGUAUCAGCCCUAUGACGAUGUGUACUAUGAUGGGGUACUGUCACAGGAAUGGAUGUCUUGUCGAGGAUCUCACUGUGCAAGAACACUUCACUUUAUAUUGUGGACUUUGUCUAUGGAAUGAAUCUAGCCAGACCAUUGAAGAGUAUGUGGAGAUCCGCUCCAAACGUCUUCUAUCAGAAUGCGAUCUUGAAAGUCAACGACAUGAGUAUGUGCGGAAUCUGGGUUCUUAUUACCGAGCGCAGUUGUGUUGGGCGGUUGCCCUUUUGUUGGAGCCUAGGAUUGUAAUUAUUCCUUCAUUCACUUCUAAUGCAAUUUAUAAUGCAGUCAUCAAAGAUAAAAUUAUGCAAUACAAAGGCUAUAUAACCAUCGUGAAGUUAGGUUUCACGAGCAUCUCACUUGAAUUCGCUGAUCGUGUUUUUAUAUUCGACAAUAAGGUUUUGGUCUUCGGCGGUACUCCAGCUUAUAUGUUCUUCAAUUACGGUCGUGAAUACCGCAUCCGUGUAACAUUUCGUAGUGGCGGUCGAGAAACUGAACAGAACGUAUCAGACCUGCUCAGUAGAACAUCUGAAGCUGGAGCUACUGUGAGAGCGCAUUUAGGCUCCUUACUCAUUCUGCGUCUGCCCCCGAGUCCAACGGCCAACGUCGCGAGCCUGGUCAAGGACCUUACCGAAAAUGCGAGCAAAUAUGGAAUCAUUUCUAUGAAUAUCAGCGUGCCAGAUUCUGAGGAAGUUUGUAGUAGAGCCAUUUACGUAUCGAGAGCGUCAAUACAUGGAACCGUUGAAGAGCAUGAGUUGACGAAGAACGCAUUGAACAAUAUUACUGAACCCGUCCCAUGGCAGAGACGGAAGGACAAUUUCGAGAAUUUGGAUCACUUGGUGUACAUAGGAUGGAAGUUCUUCACAUUUUAUUAUCACUACAGAUUCGUUUUGAUUAUUACGGUCCUGUCAGCUUUGGUAACUGGUGUAUUUAUUGGCAUAUCUCUGGCAUCGGUCCUCGACGAGAUUGAAGAAGACAAAGCCACUAAGACAAUCAUACAUGGAGAGAAAUUGACCGUUGAAGCAUUGGAGCAGAAGACCAAUUUGGUACUGAAUUGUGACAACUCAACUGAUGCGUUAUCCGUGGCAACUGCGUACGUUAUGUCAGACACUAACGCGACAAAGAAAGAAGUAAAACAUAUGAGUUACACGGCACUUUUAUAUCCAGAGAGUCUGACAGAAUACCUCGUGACUCGCGCAAUUGAUUCACCACAACAGUACGUCUAUAUGUACGCCUAUGGUCUAAAAGUCGCUUCUAUAAACGACUCUCUUCAUGUGAAAGUGUUAUACAGUCCACUGCACCACGACCACAGCGCGGCUGCUAGAUCAUUAGCUCGUGCGUAUAUGGCACUGAUACGUCACUAUACGAACGCUUUCGACGCCACUAUACAAGUUACGGACGACCCUUUGGCGUUGGACCUUACCACUUGGCUGAAGACAGCAUCCGCUCCGCCGAUAUUCAUACAAUUUCUGCUUAUUUUGACCAUAUCGCAUAUUACUCUUAUACCCUCAAAGGAAAGCGGAUUUAUAAGGCAUAUGCAGUGUCACGCGUUGAACUUCUCUCCAGCGCGUUACUGGAUCACUCUGUUCAUCUACGACCUUAUCCUCUACUUCUUUCUUGUGAUCUUGAUGACGUCUACCAUGAUCGCUAUCAUGGUUCUCGUGGCUCCUAGAACUUUCUAUUACAGUGACCUCGUGGUAGUUCCGUUAAUGCUUACGGUGUAUGGAAUAGGUUGUAUACCUCAAGCGUAUUUAUUCAGCCUGGGUCCGCGAGCAUCCCUUAACACUAUGGCGUAUGUUAUACUCAACGUAGUGUUUGGGGAGACCACUGUCAUGGCCAAGCUCCUCUACGGCAACGCACUGGACUACGUGGUUAACUUCAUGACUCUUUCACCUCAAUUCAACAUGGCGUACGCUUUCGUUAAGAUCAGGAAGAUAUUUCUCUACAACAGCGAAUGUAUUGUGUUUGAGAGGAAGAAUCUCUGUUCAUCUAAAAUGUUUCACAAAUGCUGUCCAAAAUGUGGGGUCCUACAAAAAUGUUUCUCCCGACAAUUUUACUUAGACAAGGAAUAUGGAGUUCUCAUGGAAAUGAUCGCUAUCUUCAACACCAGCAUUGUUUUCAUGGCGCUCUUAUUGCUUUGGGAAUACAAGUAUAUCCAGCGGCUUUGCUCGCUCGUACUCUACAGGCUGGUAUAUCCACGCAAACAACAGUACGACACGGAGACCCAGGAAGCAAAGCAGGAGAAAUCCAAUGUGUUGUUAAAGCAUGCGGAACUGUUGAAGAAAAGACGUGACAGAGUGGACACGUUCGGUGAAUAUCUUCUGGCGUGUAAUGUCUCGCAGAGGAGAUAUGGGAAGUCCAAAAUACGUAAUGUCUACCUUGGGUUGGGGAAAGGGAAAGUUUUGGCCAUUUCGGGCCUGUCAGAUCACGGUAGACUGAGGUUGUGCGAAAUCUUAGCUGGAAAUCAAAUGUCAACAGAAGGCAAUUUAUGGUGUUUAUCAAAAUGGAGAUUACACAUAGACCCUCAUCAGUACGCCCAGAAUGUGACGCUAUGUGGCAACCAGUGUCCCCUGCCGCAAUGGAUGACGGUAUACAACGGGCUGGAGUUGCUGGCCAUACUGCGCGGCGUGCCCAGGAAACGCGCCCGGCAGGAGGUCAUGAAUUAUAUUGAUGCUCUUGGAUUUCGCAAACAAGCAGACACAGUCAUACAAUACCUAAGUCCCAACGACCAACCUCGACUGCGUUUCGCCGCAGCCACCGUUGGCGCUCCAGCUAUUAUCAUCUUAGACGAAUACACGGCGUACCAGAAGUAUUCAGUUCAACGUGCUAUGUACUACAUACUGUAUACAUUGAGGAAACGUGGGCAUGGCAUCAUUAUUAGUUCGACCAGUGUCGAAAGCCAUUUGCCCUUGACAAAUCGACUGGCAAUCCUAGUGGAAGGGCACAUCUAUGACAUAGACCAAGUGGACAACCUAGUCACUCGCUACAGUGAAAAGGGGUACACAGUUGUAGUGCAUCUGAAGGACGAUGUGAACGUGGAAUCGAUGUUCUCGAAGCACUUCAAGACUUUUGUUAUCAAUGAUAUGACUGAGGUCCUAGUAAACAUACAAGUGUUAGACCCGAACCUGACUUGGGCUACAAUAUUCGAGAAGAUGGAGAAGCUACAAGCCGAGAACAGUAACGUCUAUUCAUACAUAGUCACAUCAACACCAAUCGAUUACGUGUACAACUCUAUCAUAAACUAUGAAUUUGGACGAAAAAAUUUAGUUGACGACCAAAAGUCUUUGUGUUGCAAAUUCCUCUUUCCGCAAAAGCCUAAAGCGAUGCCUAGUGAAGAGGUUAUGGACAAUCUUAUGCCUUUUCAAAAAAGAUUCCAUAUCACCAAAUUGACUGAGUUACCGUGGUCUGUUAUUUUUAACAGAUAAACUAAUAUUAGGUACAUCGAAAAAUAAAUUACGUUAAGAUCGUUCAGAUAGAAGCAGGCCUUUGCGAAAAUCCUUGACUUUUAACCCCCGACCCAAAAA